UACAAAACUCACUACACGUUAACUUAGUUGCUUCUAUCCUUAUUCCGCUGCAGUGUGAAGAGGUACCUCUUCACUCGAGGGAUGGUAAAAAUGAAGCGAAACUUGCCUCUAGUUGUCAUCAUGGUAAUGGCAUCAAUUUAUGGACAAACUGUGAAAGGCCAAGUCGUUAAUCCCUGUGAGGGUGGAAUAGAUUUGGGAAUCAUAGUAGACAGAUCCAAAAGUGUCGGAAAGGAAAACUUCAUCAUUGUGAAGGAAGCUGUGAAAAGCUUCGUGGACAACUUCGACAUCCAACCUGAAGAAACUCACCUAUCGCUGAUUUUCUUUGCCGGUACGCCAUUUCACAUGUUUAAUCUGAGCGAUCCCAGUUAUCACAGUAACAAGGCAGUGAAAGAUGCGAUCGAUAGUCUUCCAGACAAACUGUACGGUGCCACGCGGACAGAUUUAGCCCUAAUGAAAGCCCAUGAUCAUAUGUUUCACCCGGGACAGGACAGACGUAAGAAACCAAAUGUACUUUUGGUGUUGACGGAUGGAGCUACUGCGUCGGAGUCAGCGCCAUACAGCGAGACGGUCCCUCCACUUGAAGACAAAGGUGUCAAUAUAAUUGCAGUUGGUAUCGGAAAAGGCAUUAAAGAAGAGGAACUUCAAAGUAUUGCCGGUGAACGUGGCUCGGUGGUGCAAGUUGCAGAUUUUAGUCUUCUCGAAAGCAAGCUAAGCGAAAUAUUAGCUGACGUUUGUAUUAUAAAUGGUGGCUACACACAUUGGUCUCCCUGGUCAGAAUGCAGUGCGACAUGUGGUGAGGGCUUCCGAACAAGAUCCAGGAACUGUACGAAUCCGGAGCCAAUGGGAGGUGGAAAAAAUUGUGACGAAAUAGGACCAGAUGAAGAACAAGUGGCCUGUGACCUCCCGGAGUGUAAAACAUCAAUUGAUGGCGGAUACACUCGCUGGACGACAUGGACUAAGUGUAGUAAAACCUGUGGUACGGGUACACAAAUACGAGUACGAUCUUGCACUAACCCGCCACCGAAUGCUGAGGGUAAAAAUUGUGAUCACUUGGGUAAACCCAAGGAAGUGAAGAAAUGCAAACUGCCGAAAUGUCCGAAAGGGCCAGCUCCAUGUGAAGAGGGCCUGGACCUUGGCAUUGUUAUCGACCGCUCAUUGAGCGUUAGAACAAGAAACCUCGAGCGCCUUCUAAAAGUUUUCUUCCCCAAAUUCUUCAAACGCAUGGGUAUUUCAAAAAGCAAGACCAAUAUUGGUAUAAUUAAGUACGACAAAAGUGCAAAUGUCUAUGCUCCAUUCAAUGGGCCAAACUCCAGAUCUUUAAAGAAAGCGACUGCCUUCGUGAAAAAACUGGACCCAAGUGUCUAUUUGCAGACGCGGACAGACAAAGGACUUAUUGCAGCAUACAAACAGCUGUUCACCAAAAAGGGAGGUGACAGAAGGAAGAGGCAAAAUGUCCUUCUGACGUUCACUGAUGGGCGAGCCUGGCCAAGGAGACGUAUAAAACCUUUCUCACUAACUGUUCCUCCGCUAAGGGAAAAGAAAAAAUGUCAUAUGGUUGCAGUCGGUUACGGUGUUCCAUCUAGAUUGAACAUGACUCAACUCCAAGAAAUCGCAGGUGACAAUGCGAUCCUCGUUCCAAGGCCGAGGCAAAUCAGAAAAAUGGUUGGCAAAAUAAAGAAAGCAGUCUGUCAGGUGGAUGGAGGGUACUCAAAGUGGAGUCAGUGGUCACUUUGCAGUGCCACGUGCGGAGUGGGGGUCAAAGUACGAAGCAGGACAUGCAGUGCACCUCCACCGAAAAAAAAGGGCAAAGACUGUUCUAGACUGGGAGACAGUGUGGAAGCAGUGGAGUGUAACGAAGGAGAAUGUCCAACAGGCCCAACACCGUGCACCAAAAAGAAUCUGGACGUUUGUUUGAUUGUGGAUGCUUCUUUGAGUGUUGGAAUUCAGAAUUUUCUCCGUGUGAAAUCCUUCCUGGUGCAAUUCAUUCAUCAGUUCGAACCUGAAACUCAUUUCAGUAUCAUUACCUUCAGCGGCAAACCUCAAGUCCGAUGCAAGUUCUCCGAUUCUACGUGCCAAGGAACAGACAAGACACACGAUACAAUCGCAGAAAUUCCUGACAGAGUCUCAUGGGGUACUUACACCGAUAAAGCUUUAGUUGCCGCUGACCAGAUCGUCUUCACGGCGGAAGGUGGUGAUAGGCCGGAUGCCUCUAAUGUGGUUGUGGUUAUAACUGAUGGAAAAACAAUGAGGGGCUCUCAACCGUUCAACGUCACUGUUCCUCCACUACGGGACGGAAAAGACGCUAAAGUGUUGGCAUUCGGUGUUGGUCCAUCCAUUCGUGAAGAAGAUCUGAACGAGAUGGCCGGAGAGAGCAACUGGUUUUAUGUCUAUGAAUUUGCUGAUAUGAAGUACAGAAUCGGCGAUAUUCUGGGAGUAGCCUGCAACAACUCAGCUACCCUACCGUAACAACUUCAACCCGUUACUAAAGCUUUAGGAGUUCACAUGUAUGGCUGGGUGAUUAAUUUACCAAGAUAAUUCAGUGGGAUAAGGCUGAUGACCAAAAAUCAUCACGAGGAGUUUGGAACUAAAAGGGAUUCUAUUUUCCAUUUAAAAGUUAUGGUAAAAGAAGUAGAUUUUCACGAUGAAGCUUCUGUAGAUUGAAAUUAAACAAGAGUUGAUCCA